GCCUGUUCCUCCCUGUGAGCCCAUCGCUUCCCCCCGGACACUCCUCCUGCAUGAAUUUCUGUGUGCUGCGAGGAGAGGCCUGGAUCUGCUCCUCUCAGUGUCCAGUUUGUGCUACGCUUUGAGAGGGCCAGUAUCGUCUUAAGACCUGCUGCAGCCUCCGAAUAUAAACCCCCCUUUGUUGGGGAGAGGUUGACUUGACUGAGCCGCAUGAUCAGAGUCAGGUGACAAAAUUGGGCAUGAAAGCAGAGGAGAAUGAGCAGUUGGGUGAGGGCAUGAGCUGCUGAUCUUGCCUUUUGACAAGCUGCUUUACUGCUCAGGGAAAAAUGAGUGCCUGGCCCUCUCCUCUGCUUUGGAGCUUGACCACGGCGUGUUUAACAGGUAUUGCUUUAGGCCAGACAAUCAGCACUGAGGUUUCUAUUGCAUCAACACCAGUGCCUCCCAGUACACCCAGCACUGAGGUCCCUAUUGCAUCAAGCCCAGCAUCUCCCAGUGCAAGCACCACUGCAGCCUCUGCUCCCCCAGCUGCCACUGCUGGAUUGGCAUCAACCGCUGCAAACCUUGUAUCGUCCACAGCAGCUCCAUCUGCUGAUCCAAGCACCAUAACCCCUGCUCAGGCUCUGCCCACCACCACAGAUGUGACCAUCCUCAGCUCUGGCAGCACAGCUGCCUCUCGAGUACCUACAGGACCAGUGGGUGCAUCUGCUGGUGCCUCAACGUCCCCUCCAGGAGUGGCCACGUCUCCCGGGGUCCCGUCGGCAGCUCCGUCCCUCACCACCCCUCAGCCCUCCAACUGCAGCAGAGUGAACGUGACAGCCUGUUCCUCCUGCCCCCCAGGGACAUUCCCCAACGAAGGUAAGAGUCCCUGCUCGCCCUGGAUCCCGUGUGAGAUGGAAAAGUGA